UGGCCUCGAGGACUCACGCCGAGCCGCACUUCCCUUCCGUCGCCGUGGCGCGUGUCUUAGACGACACUUCCCGCUCCCAGCACCACCACAACCCUCUGGACAACAUUCUCGUCGUCCCACGCAACUCUUGCGCUCGACGCAAAGCGUUUAACACCACCCCCACCUACCUAACCUGCAUUAUUCCCUUAAACUUGCAACUUUAAGUGAACAACUUUAAGCCAAAAUGGAGAACUACCAGAAGGUGGAGAAGGUGGGCGAGGGCACCUACGGCAUCGUGUACAAGGCGCGGGACCUGACUACCGGCCGCAUCGUGGCACUCAAGAAGAUCCGGCUGGAGCCCGACGAGGAGGGCAUCCCGUCCACUGCCAUGCGCGAGAUCUCGCUGCUCAAGGAGCUGUCCUCGCACCCGAACGUCGUGUACCUGUACGAUGCCGUGUACCAGAAGAACAAGCUCUAUCUCGUCUUCGAGUUCGUGGAGCAGGACCUCAAGCGCUGUCUUGAGAAGCUGCCGGCCAGGAUGGAGGUGUACCAGGUCAAGAGCUACCUGUACCAGCUAUUGGCUGGCAUUGCCUUCUGCCACGCCAACCGCGUGCUGCAUCGCGACCUCAAGCCGCAGAACCUGCUCAUUGACCAGUACGGCAACCUCAAGCUCGGAGACUUCGGCCUGGCGAGAGAGUACGGCGUCCCGUUGAGACGCUACACGCACGAGGUCGUGACAUUGUGGUACCGAGCACCUGAGGUGCUGUUGGGUGCCAAGCACUACUCCACGCCCGUGGACUCGUGGUCCAUUGGCUGCAUCUUUGCUGAGAUGGUCAACAAGCAGCCGCUGUUCCCGGGCGACUCCGAGAUUGACGAGCUGUUCAGGAUUUUCAGAGUGCUGGGCACGCCGAAUGAGGCGCUCUGGCCCGGAGUUUCGACGUUGCCGGACUACAAGACGUCGUUCCCGCAGUGGCGUCCGCAGCCGCUGUCCAAGGUCGUGCCGCAGCUGGACCGCGUCGGUCUCGACCUGCUCUCGCGUCUUUUGGUGUACGACCCCAGCAGCCGCAUUUCGGCCCGCGCUGCGAUGUCGCACCCGUGGUUUGCCGACCUGCACCCGCAGUACGCCUCUUUCCGCAACAACGGCAACGGCAAUGGCACCCAGACGUUCUUCUAG